AUGGUUCUCGCAAAGUCUAAGAACUCCGUGGGGCUGGGCAACAGUCUCAUGAACGAUCGCUUCGGCAAAGGCAGGGCUUCCAACCAGAAGAAGGCCUCCCACAAUGCUGGUAUCGUCCGCAAGGGAGUCGACGGUGACUCGUACGUCACGAACGCACACAAAGAGGCAUCAUGGGUGAAGAUGCGCAGUAUCACGGAGCAAGCUGCUCUGGAUGAGUUUCUAAGCACCGCUGAGCUAGCCAAUACCGAUUUCACCGCCGAGAAAAUCAACAACAUCAAGAUCAUCCACACCGACCAAAAGAACCCUUACCUGCUGUCUGCCGCAGAGGAGAAAUCCACGGCUAAGAAGCACCAGCAGAACAAAGGCCGGUUGACGGUUCCGAGAAGACCGGGAUGGGACGAGCACACAACCCCGCAGCAGCUCGAAAUGAUGGAGAAGGAAAGCUUCUUGCAGUGGAGGAGAGGCCUGGCAGAGUUGCAGGAGAACCACGAUCUCCUGAUGACACCGUUUGAGAGAAAUCUGGAAGUCUGGAGGCAGUUGUGGCGAGUCAUCGAACGUUCCGAUCUUGUAGUUCAGAUUGUCGAUGCUCGAAACCCGUUGCAAUUCCGGUCCGAAGAUCUCGAGAAUUACGUGAAAGAGAUCGAUCCGAAGAAGAGAAACUUGCUACUCGUCAACAAGGCUGAUAUGCUGACGGAACGGCAACGCGAGACGUGGGCGGACUACUUUGAGCGGAACAAUAUCAGUUUCCGGUUCUUUUCCGCUCAUUUGGCCAAGGAGCGGCUGGAGGCAGGGCUCCAAGACGAGGAGGACUCGGAGAGCGAUAGCGAGGAUGAGCUCACUAGCUCAGCGCAGAAGAUGAAUCUGCAGGAAGAGCAAGAUAACGAUGACUCAGACGCCGCAGACCAAGGCAAUGAGCUUCCUGCUGAACCCAAGUCGGCUAGCAAAACUCAUAUUCUCGAUGUGGAUGAACUGGAAGAGCUCUUCCUUUCCAAUACUCCGGACUUCCUUCCCACUGGCGAUGACUCCGAAGAGGCCGCGCCGAAAAAGACAACCAUUGGUCUUGUCGGAUACCCCAACGUCGGUAAAUCUAGCACCAUCAACGCACUUCUCGGAGCGAAAAAGGUGUCUGUCUCCGCCACGCCUGGUAAGACCAAGCACUUCCAGACGCUCUACCUUUCGCCGGAGAUUAUGCUCUGCGACUGUCCCGGUCUGGUGUUCCCCAACUUUGCGACGACCAAGGCCGAGCUGGUAGUCAACGGCGUGCUGCCGAUCGACCAACAGCGCGAGUUCACGGGGCCAGCUGGUCUGGUCGCGCAACGCAUCCCGAAACAUUUCCUGGAAAACCUGUACGGUGUGAAGAUCAACACCCGGCCCAUCGAGGAAGGCGGCACAGGGAUUCCCACCGCGAGCGAGAUGCUGCGCGCGUAUGCACGAGCCCGCGGUUUCGCUACCACAGGCCAAGGCCAACCAGACGAAUCCCGCGCCGCUCGGUACGUACUCAAGGACUACGUCAACGGCAAGCUGCUUUUCUGCAACCCGCCUCCCGCGCGCGAGGGCGACGAGCCCAUCGACCCGCUCGAGUACAACAAGGAGCACUACGAUUUCGCGAACCUCCCUGCCCGCCGACAGAUGAUGAUCGCCAAGUCGAAGGCAGCGCAGCUCGAAGGUCUCGAUCUGGACGAUCUAGACGUAGACAUCGGGGUCUUGCCUGCCGCGGCACCCGUGCAAGGCAAACUGUCGCGUAAUCUCGACACGGGCUUCUUUGGACCUUCAUCGAAGGGGUCUGAGGCUCACCUGUCACUGCCGUUCAAUGCCCCGUACACGGCGCAGGGCCAGCAGAUGCGUAAGCACCUGACGGGACGUAAGGAGCGAAUGAUGAUUGCGCUGGAACGCGGGGUGGACGUGUCGGAGGUGCGAGGGCCCUCCAAGAAGCAUUUCAAGGGCAACAAGCGCACCAAGGUCAAGGGCAAGGGCAAGGUCAAGGAUGACGAUGACUUCUAG